GAGGAGGAGGGACCUGCUCGCGUCGUGAGCUACGUGCUGCUGAAUUCACAUCGAGCGCCAGUAAAAAUCUCAAUCUACCACCCCAUGCAGACGCAUUUCAGGAGCGCACACACUUCACCACAGCCUCAAACCACAUUGGAAGAGAUUUGAGUUUACAAGCAUCUGUUAACUUACAGCCUACGAUGCUCGUGUUUAUAUGAUUACUGAUUUGUUAAUAUCGCGCUCGAAUUGCUGCAGAUUAAAAGACGUGGUUGGUCUAUUUAUGGACGGUUGUUAGAAAAAGGUUGGAGCUAUAUUACAUUGAGGAGGCGCUGAAUUUGAGCUCUUUUCUAUCUGUUUGGGAUUGUGAUCGAGCAGGAGGGAGGAGUGGCGGAGAAACGACUGGCUCCUGAAUUCUGAAUCCUGCCUAAAAUCCACAAAGAUGAUAUAUCUGCCAGUGUUAUCCAUGACCUCAGAUUUACAGCAUUACACUUUCAGGAUGCCGAAUAUAGGGUUUCAGAACCUUCCCCUCAAUAUCUACAUUGUUGUCUUUGGGACAGCCAUUUUCGUCUUCAUCCUCAGUCUACUCUUCUGCUGCUACCUGAUUCGGUUACGGCACCAGGCGCACAAAGAGCUCUAUGCAUACAAGCAGGUUAUUCAAAAGGAAAAAGUCAAAGAAUUAAACUUGCAUGAGAUUUGUGCGGUGUGUUUGGAGGAAUUCAAGCAGAAAGAUGAGUUGGGAAUCUGCCCGUGUAAACAUGCCUUUCACAGAAAGUGCCUUAUCAAAUGGUUGGAGGUGAGGAAGGUAUGCCCGCUGUGCAACAUGCCAGUCUUGCAGCUGGCGCAGCAGCAGAGCAUGUCCGAGCCUGCGCCCCCAACACAGCAGCCUCUGCCCGGGGUGGAGAACCUGGUGUAGCCCCUUCUCUUUAUCCUAAAAAUAUGACCACCACUACCUUCACACUCCCUCCUGUACAGGUACACGCUCAUAUCCAAGGACAGACCGCAGGAUUUGUGCCCGGAGCCACAGUGACCUCUGACCUGCAUAUGUUCAUUUCCUGCCUUGGAACGGAUUUUUCCAAAUUACAAUAAUAGAUGAUUUACGCCAUCCGUCUUAUUUGGGUUUAGCUUUCUUUCCUGUGGGAUAAUGAAGAAGAAUUAAGUUUACAUGGCCAAGUCAUGUUUAAAGUAACCGUUCCACACCAAAGCACUUUUUUUUUAGGACACCAGUGAGAGGCAAAAAAAAAUAAAAAAAAAAAAUACAAGGACUAAAAAAUAUAACAUUAAAAACAAAAAACUACUUUUUUUAACAGUUCUUUUUUAACAAGCACUUUACACAAAACUCAAACUUAGUUGCUUGUGGUAGUAGCAAGAUCUUGUUUUAUACUUUAUGAUUUAAAACAUUUUUUAGUAGAUGUACACAGAGCCACAGAGUAAACCAUUGGUAUUAUUUUCAUUAGAGAGGGUUAUGUUUAUACUGUAUAUUAAAGGGACAGCAGCUCUCCAAUGUGUAUAUGUUUGUUUGUUUGUUUGUUUGUGUUGUGAUGGUCAGUAGAAUGGCUGUAUUGGUAGAUACGGUUCACCAAUACUUUUAGCUGGUGCCUAAUACAAAUGUGAAUGCAAAGUUCGUGUUAUUAAGGUCAGGAUGUAACCCAGCAGUAUUUAAUCUGUGUUCUGUGGACGCCUUUAUAUUUGACAUGCUUUUUUAUCUGAGGACUGCGUUAAAUCAACACACACACACACACUUCUGUAGCUUUGGGUUCAAGGUUGUAUUUGAUAAGAAUAUUAAAGAAACCAAAAAAGCUUAUUGCAAAAGAAAAAAACACUAUUCGUAGGGCGUGUUCACAGUCACACUUGGCAUGUUUGGUUCGAUUAAAUUGAACCCUGUUAGUGCGGUCCAUCCGGAGACUGUGGUGCGCACCAAAAAAGCAGACCGAGACCACUGAAAAGAUGGGUGUCGGUCUGCUUCCAAACCAACUCUGGUGCGAUUCGAAUGAAAUAUGAACACAACACGGACCAGACAUGUAAACGAACCAAAAACGGGACAUGAUAUCACAUGCUUAAGCAUACCUGUUUUUUGUUUUGUUUUUUUCAGGUAAAUACACGAUAAAAGCCUACCAAUCAGGUUGUGAACGUAUCACUUUGCCGUUAGAUUCGGUGUUUAAAUGCCAACGUGAAUGCUAAACGGACCAGGACUAAAUGUUUUCUGUUGGAAAUGUUGGUCCGGACCAAACAAACCAAGUGAACACCGUUAAACUUGAUCAGAUAUUCUAAAUACUUAAGAUUUUCCCACAAAGUCUAAAUAACAUGAGAAUUAUAUACACUAAAUAAUGCUUUUUAUUUUGUAAGGAACCUGCAGACCCCCUGCAAUAUGUAUGAUGUUGGCCCACACUUUGGGAACUGCUGCCAUAAACCCCUCCUGUUUCCACUAACUGUUCAUAGUUGAAGCAUUAGUCAGUUUCUGGCUUCAGUUCAGUUUCUGCAGAGUUCUGCCAGAUGUGUUAUAGAGGUAUUGGAAAUAGUUGCAAAUUUAAACUCGACAAAAUGGCCCAAAGGUAGUUUGUCUUUCAUGAUUUAUUAUUGCAUAAAUCGCCUAGGUUUCAUUCCCCAGGUACUGUUGGGGUGUAUUCUUUUUUGUUAGUUAUCACGUCUACCGGGAAAGCUGCAUCUCUAUGCAAAGCAGCAAGUGUGUGUGUGUGUGUGUGUGUGUGUGUAAGUGUGUGCGCACUUGGCUUCUGUCUCCAACGAAUAUUAAUAAACGUAAUGACGCUAUUGUGAGGCAAAUCAAACUAGACACGCUACAGAAACAAACUUAGAUCUGACCAGAAGUCACUGAAAUUGGAGAAUGUCCUCAGUAUGAUAUACACAGUCUAGUUUAGUAUCAUUCCAGCAACUUUCAGCAUGUCAGUGAAUCAGUCACUUUGUAACACAGAAUCCUUAGACGUUAAGAUCAACGAGUUGCAGGGUUGAUACAGUCAGCAGGAUGGGGCGUUCUUUGGAUGCUAUGGCUAUUUCUCGCUCUAGUACUUUUUUUCUUCUUCUUUUUCAUCCCACUAACCUCAUUGGGUCAGCUGUACCCUCCAUGUUAAGGGAGUCUAGAAAAUAAAUGUGUAAUAUUACAUACAGAUUGGCCACAACUCUAGAAAUGAUGCCAAAUGUAGAAACAUUUUGUUGCUGAGUAGAAUUAUCACACAAGUAAUGUUUUAUAUAAACCCAAACUAAAUCUGCAUUGGUUUUUAUUCUGAUUUGGUCAUGGAUUGAAUGUUGUAACUCAUUGCCGAGCAAAAUGCCCAACAUGUUCUGCGGUGUGUAUUUGUGUUUUUGAAAGGCUAGAUUCAGACUGUGAAUUAAGUUAAGUUUAUUUAUUUCUUUUUUUCCUGCAUUUGCUGAGUGUGUGAAGAAUCUCUUGUGCAUAUUAUCUAAAAAGAAAAAAAUAUAUAACAGAAAAAAUAAGGCUUUUUAUAUAUAUACUUCUUUUGGUUUGCUCUGAUACUUUGUCUUAAUUUAAGGUAAAACACUGAGGAUUUCCUUUAGAUUUGUAAUUCAUUAUCUACAAAUAGCAUUCAAUUGUGAGUCCUAAAUUAGGAUCUCUCCAUCUCGUUGGCGUUUGUAACACGGCAGGUCUUAACGUGUCACUCUGAUCACGAAUGUAUACAUAUAGAGAGCUGUGGUUCAACUGUGUCAUAAUGUGAAAGUAGUUGAUUGUGUCUGAAAAUCGAGUUGCGUCGCUGCACUUUUCAUAUUCUUCCAUUUUGGUGGAAUUGGUGCCUCUCCAUUGAGGCAGAACUGAAAUGAGGCUAAAAAAAUAUUCGUAUUUAUUGUGUGCUAAUGUUUAAAACCCAUAACAGUUCAAUAGUAUGUUCUAACGGCGCUAUUUUAGUGAUAAUUCAGAUUAGGCAAAGAAAGGCUUUGUUGACAUUGUUUAAAGCAAUUUCAAAAUCCAAAAUCGCUCUGAAAACAUAUCUAGAAUCGUUUAGUCAGGAGGUAGUCCUCAAGCAUAUUGGGAAUGUUAAGUGGUUACAUUUUUGCUCAGCAUAUUCAAACUAAUCUUUGUUUGUUUUUUACUGAUCAUUACUGAGAGUGCCAUUGACCAACUGUAUUUUGAAAAGCCAAAUUAGGAUUUCAGUUGCAACUUUACAACUUGUGUUUGUUCUCGGCAGGCUUUUUAGACUAGAUGACAUUUUAUUGUGAGAAAAGAUUGUUGGAAAGAGUUUGGCAGUAUUUCUGUUGCAAAGUAGCAGUUAUUUCAUAGAAUGUGGUCAAGAGUUACUAAGGCACAUAAUGUAAUUCAAACAUUGUGUUAUUUUUUUUAUAUAUUUUUUUGAUACAUGAUUAUUAAAACUAAACUGCCAAUUUAUCAACCCUUCAUUGUGACAAGCCAUUGUGAACCACCAUGGAACUUCCUCCUUCCCCACACCACUAUUUUGCUUCAUUCUGUGAUGAUCUAAUAUUGCCCCACCCCUCACCAUUGUGACCUCACAGAUGUAAACAUAUAAACCCCGCCCCUUCCCAACAUGUUUGUUUUAACACUGCUAAUGUUUGUGAAUCUCGCAAACAUGUUUGUAUAAGUAAGAAUUCUGCAGCAGAAUAUUUUCUGUAUAGUAUUUGUAAACUAUAUUUUUGUAUAUUUAAUCAACAUUUUGAAGAAAAUAAAAAAAUGCAAAGAUGCUU